CGUAAUAAUUAAUGAAGAGUUAACAAUGCAUGAACAAAGAGAGUUUACCAAAGCUGUGAACACCAAGAAAAUAGAGAACACUCACCUGACUAGUGAAAUUUAAAUACGUAAUUAACAUAAACUACCAUUACCUUUUAUAUUAUUUUGCAUGAAAUGUAUAGACAACAUACAUUGAUGUAUCAGACAUUAUUAUUAUUAUCUUUUUUUAGAUCGGACUUCUACAAACAGUUGCACUUCUGGCUGUGAUCAACAUGGCGCUGUCCGCUUGUAUUCACACUACAUCAACAUGUACGACACCGGCGACAGUCAAUCUGGCAAUCCAACUGAGGUUAGCUAGAAAUGUCAUCUCGUCAGAAUCCAUUUUACUUGCCCAACAGAACAGUGACAGCCACAACGACAAUGUCACCAUCACAGUGAUAGAGGGCGAGACCAAUGUUUGUCCAGAAAACCUCAGCGAAUUGGAGAACACAAUGGACACACUAGUCCGACACCGGUCAACUUGUCCGUUCUAUAUGGUCAGCGAACACAACCCCUACCGGUACCCUGCUACACUGACCAGCGUUCGUUGUCGGUGCCAGAAGUGUCUGGAGUUCGGAGGUCAUAGCGAGCACAAUGUCUGCGAGCCUGUUUACGUCAAUGAGGUUGUGUUAAUGAGGGGAAGUUGUGAAAAUGGUGUUUACCAGUACAAUCCCACCGAUAUCAAAAUACAGGUAGCCUGUACAUGUGCCAGAGCAAAGGAAGCAGAAAGCCCUGAAUCUGAGGGACCAAUUCCUUUGUGAACAGAAGAGUACACCUGGGCUCUGUCUGGUUAAUACCUACUCCGUCCUAAACGUAUCCAGACUAAACAUAUUUAUCAGAUAAAAUUCUCUUUAUCCAUCAUUAAAUAACCGCUCUCUAAUGAAAUCGGAUGAAUUCAAGAGAGUGCUUUUAGAGUUUGGACAGUUAAUACACGUUCUACGGAGUGAUGUUUCAUCCAUCAAGAUGUUCAUUUUUUGCAUAUUCAUUUCGUGAUAAAUCCAUCGUUAUGCUUUUUUUCCUGUAUUUAUAAAUGAUCUACAUGGGUAUACAAAUGUAUUUUUAUAAAAUGUUUUUAUUUAUGUAUCUAGUGUUGAUAUAAAUAUAUAUUGUCUUUAUCUAUGUACAAGUGGUUUAUCAAUGUAUGAAUUUGAUGUUUGUGGAAUGUUUAAUGAUUUUUAUACAAAUGUACGUAUUUUUAUUUAUUUAUGAUCUUAUUUUGAUAUACUUUGUUUAUGAAGAAAAAACAUUUAUAUCUGUGCAUUUUGUAGUCACUGCCUCUCAUUAAGGUUUUAUUAGUGUUCGUCUCCGAGACAUACCAAAGUCCAUAAAAAUGGUAAAUUAUACUAUAUACUAUGCAUACUAUAAUUUAUUUUAAACAAUCUUUCCAAUGUUUCUAAUAAUCAGUUUGAUGAAUAAUUAUCCAAAUAAAAACAAAGCUAGAAGAACUUUUUUAUCGGAAUAAUCAAUAAUACAAAUGUACUUCAAAAAUACCGAUUUUUUGUUCGGUAUAAAAAAACACAUUAAUACAUUAAUUUGAGAUACGAUGCUCUAAAGAAAAAGGCUUUAAAAUCACCAAGAAGACAGAAAGAAGUAUUUUAACAAUGCUGAUAAGCGCAGCAAGUCAUUUUUUUGUUCUGAUGCCAGAAUAAUCUAAAUCUAUUUAGAAAUCUAUAGUAAUUUAUAUUUACAAUCGAAAGUCCCAUUUUUAUAACGUUUUAUGUAAUGUUGUUUUACUUGCCGUAUUUUUAUAUCACAUAUUUGCAACAUCAUUGUCUACAUUACUUCAAUUAUUUAUGUUUUGAGGAAUUAUUUAUUGACUUAAUUUAUUUAUUUAUGUGUUCACAUUGUUAUAUCUACACUAUUGUUCUUUGAUAUGUUUAUUGAAUAUUAAAAUAUAUUUG